AUGCUAAGGUCAAUCAAUAGGCUCGCAAAAUCGCGGGUCUCAAUUAGAAGGGAUGACCUUACAUGGACCUACAAGGCAAAAUGCUAUUCAACUGAGACAUCGCCGGAAACACCCCCUUCGCUUUCGCCUUCACCUUCACCUUCACCAGAUCAGGAGGCAAUUGAGGAGGCUAUUGAGGAAGCACGGAUGUUGAAGGCAGUUGUGGAAGAACGAAUGAGAUCGGUAGCCGAGAAAGCACGGAUUAAGUCAGCUGUUGAAAGAGCAAGACUACAAAGGAAAGCAAUUGAAGCAAACGCCAUCACCAAAGUGACAGCAUCCAAGACGACUGUCGUCAAAGGACUCGCCAUUAAGAAAGCUGCUGUCAAAGGCAUUGCCACCAGAACCAUCCCUACCAGAAGCGUUUCUAUCAAAUCGACCACACUGAAAGAUGCUGCUAUAAGGAAUGCCGCUGCAAAGGCUGCCAUUGCGAAGGAUAUCACUGCAAAAAAUGCCACCGUACAAGAUAUUAAUACGACAAACAAUACUACGAAAAAUACUGUGGUAAAGAAUCCCACAACAAAGGUCACUAUUGCGGAGGAUGUCACGGUCAAGGUUGCCAUUGAGAAAAAUACCGCUAUCCAGAAGGACACCAAGAAGGCUUCAAUUCCAAAAGACAAGUCUGCAAAGAAGGCCAUUGUGAAAGAUGCCGUUAUGAAGACUGUCACUGCGAAGACUCCCCCCACGAAAGACGUUACUGCGAAAGAUACCACUACCGCUGCAACAAAAGCCGGAUCUUCCACACCCAUCAGGAGUUACAGAACUGUUGGAGCGGCCAACAAACGUACUCCCAACAGGAUCAGGCAACAAGCGCAUACGAAGUCAAAAAUGUCGCGGAAAAGGUCACAGAAGGGAAACCCGUCAUCAAGCGGGCCUCCAUCAGAGCCGCCAUUGCUGUCGGAACUGCCAGAGCUGACAUUCCAGCCAGACCCAUCACUGGCUGAGGGAGCGCCUAGAGAAGAAGAGUUGACAACAGAACCAUUACCAAAGCAACAGCCAUUGGCAGAAGACGACUACUGGCGACUUAGGAGAGAAAAUUUCUCUGAAAAAUUUCUCAAAAACCUGGUUCGGUUGAAAAGCAUGUCGAAGGACGAGAGAAACGAAAACAUCAGAAAGACCUACGGCUGGUCAUUGGAAGUCCCAUACUCGAGGGAGCUAUACUAUAGCCCUAAGAAUCGCAGAAGGAAUCUCAUAUUGCGGAAGCGCUUCGCUGCACUCCAACAACUUCGUUUGAUCAUGGGUUACGGUGCCAACACAGAUUUCAGAGACGAGUGGCUGAACGACCUGCCGUACCGAUUGAAGAAGACUAGCAUGAGGGAUGUUAGGUUCAUCUGCAUUGAUACUGACAUGGUACGAAGACUGCCCUAUACGCUUCGAGACGAGACCAAGAGACGUGUCACGUCUUUUCAUCUUGGCGUAGCAAUUCUCGAUACCAGAGACAUUCGGGAUGUCAUUACACGGUCAAUCAAUUUACCAAACCCGGCGGAUCUUAUCAAGACAUAUGAGUUCGCGGUUCAAACCGAAGUUCCCCAAACAGACAAUUUUAUCUUCGGUGAGACACAGGCGAUAUCUCUAAGUGGUCUCAAGAAGAAAUUCCUUGAGUGGCAGCACGGUCGAACUGUAAUUGGCGUCGCAUACUCGGCUCGUAACGACUAUAUCAUCUUGAGAGACUUUGGAGUCUUCCUCAACCAUAUUUACUGGCUCGACCUGUGCCAGGCAACAUAUCUCAUCACUCAACAGUCCAAGGCAAUCAACCUCCGCGAAGUGCUAGAAUUGUUAGGCAUCCGCUAUUCCAAGUUACAUUCGGCUGGUAAUGAUGCUCACUUUACAAUGCGAGCUUUGAUGGGGUUGGCAGUUCUCGAUUUGAUGAACGAGUUACAGUAUGGCGCACAUAUCCAGCCCUGGUGCGGCCUGGCCGCGAGAGUCGCCAAGGCUCCGCUGCCAUUAACAGAACGAGAGGAACUAAAAAGAAAGGAAAGACAGCUAGCGGAAAGGAAAGCAGCUACGAUAAAUUGGCAUAGAAAACGCAGGCUGAGCAAGGUCCCGUUGCCGUACCCUGGUCAACAUUGA